AUGGACAGCAGUUGGCUUGAAACAAAAGAAAAAAUUUCUAACUAUCUUGAUGAAAAAAUAGCACCUAUAAAAGAUGAACUUAACAUUCAGCAAGAAUUACUAGCGAAAUUAUUAAUAUACUUAUUUACCAAGAAUAGCCCACUAAGGAGCAUUUUUUGGUUGGCCGGACAAUAGCUGGCUUGCCAAAUUCGCUGGCAUGCCAUAUUUUCUGGCUAACCAAAUUUAAGAAUGGCGAACCAAAAACUGCUCCUUAGUGGGCUAUUCUUGGCAAACAGGUAUAGUUAUUCAAGAGUCUUGUACUGGAGAGUUUAUUGAUAAGAGGGAAACUGCUCCAAAUUCAGUAUCUCCAAAUAAAAGCCCAAAAUUGAACUUUAAGAAAAAUAAAUAG